GAAGCUUUGCUGGCCGCCAUGUCCUCCAGAGCGCCAGCGCUCGGCAUCAUCUUCUGCGUCCUGUGCUGCUGCUACCUCCCUGCCCCGUCGGCGUCGUCGGCUUACUCGGCCGGCGGCGACGGCUUCCUCGAGUGCCUGUCGGCGGCCAUGCCGAGCAACCUCGUGUUCCCGCGGGGCUCGCCCUCGUUCGCCAGCGCGCUGGCCUCCUCCAUCCGGAACCCCAAGUUCAUGGGCCCCGGCACGGCGCGCCCGCUCUGCGUCGCCACGCCCGCCGCCUCCUCCCACGUCCAGGCCGCCGUGCGCUGCGGCCGCCGCCACGGGGUGCGCCUCCGCGUGCGCAGCGGCGGGCACGACCUCGAGGGCCUCUCCUACCGCUCCGAGCGCCCCGACGAGGCGUUCGCGGUGCUGGACCUCGCCGGCCUCCGCGCCGUCCGUGUCGACCCGAGCCGCGCCACCGCGUGGGUGGAAUCCGGCGCGACGAUCGGCGAGCUGUACUACGCCGUCGGGAGGGCCAGCGACGACCGGCUCGCGUUCCCGGCCGGCCUGUGCCCGACCAUCGGCGUGGGCGGGCACCUCAGCGGCGGCGGCUUCGGGAUGCUGCUGCGCAAGUACGGCGUGGCGGCGGACCACGUCCUCGACGCCGUGCUCGUGGACGCCGGGGGCAGGCUGCUGGACAGGGACGCCAUGGGGAGCGACGUCUUCUGGGCGAUCCGCGGCGGCGGCGGCGCGAGCUUCGGCAUCGUGCUGUCGUGGCAGGUGCGGCUCGUGCCCGUCCCGCCGACGGUCACCGCGUUCAAGCUGCCCGUCUCCGUCGACGAGGGCGCCGUCGACGUCGUCACCAGGUGGCAGACGGUGGGGCCGGCGCUCCCCGACGACCUCUUCAUCAGGGUGCUCGUGCAGGGGGGCGUCGCCGAGUUCCAGUCCCUGUACCUCGGCACAUGCGACGCGCUGCUGCCGGUGAUGCGCCGCCGGUUCCCGGAGCUCGGCGUGAACCGCACCCACUGCCGGGAGAUGACGUGGCUCGAGUCCGUGCCCUACGUCUACCUCGGCGAAGGCGCCGCCGCGGAGGACAUCCUGAACCGGACCACCUCCCUGGCCGCCGCCAGCAAGGCCACCUCCGACUACGUCCGGGAGCCUAUCGCCCGGGCCGUGUGGGCGGAGAUCUUCGCCGCGUGGCUCGCGGGGCCCGGCGCGGGGCUCAUGAUCCUGGACCCCUACGGCGGCGAGAUCGGCGGCGUGCCCGAGCACGCCACGCCGUUCCCGCACCGCGCCGGCGUGCUGUACAACAUCCAGUACAUGAACUUCUGGGCGGCGGGCGGCGGCGACGCGGCGGCCGCGGCGGGGACGAAGUGGAUCAGGGACCUGCACGCGUUCAUGGAGCCGCACGUGAGCAAGGACCCCAGGGAGGCCUACUUCAACUACAGGGACCUGGGGCUGGGCGAGAACGUCGUCGUGGGCAACGUGAGCAGCUACGAGGCAGGUAAGGUGUGGGGGGAGAAGUACUUCAAGGGCAACUUUCGGAGGCUGGCCAUAGCCAAAGCUCAGAUUGACCCGGACGACUACUUCAGGAACGAGCAGAGCAUCCCUCCGCUUCUUGACGCCCAACAACCAGUAGUGAUCAGUGAGUGAAACUAGCAGGCCUGUUUGGAAUGCUUAAAUCCUGCUUAUGACCAAAAUAAGCUGAAACUAGCAGCCAAACAGAGCGUUUUUUUAGCUUUUCCUGGACAUGCUUCUCCCCAUCGUUCUCAUUUAUACUAAAACGCAGAAGCUGACGAGACCCGCUUCUUAGGGAA